UCUGCUGAACAGUGUAAACCACGCCCAGGGCGGCUCAUUCAUCACAGACCCGUUCCUGUUCCCAUACCAUGACAUCGUUCAGCCAGGACCUGGUGGUAUGGCAGCCACUGGUAGUGCUACGUUCACCCUUCCAGUGGAUCUGCAAUCCUCGUCAAGUGUUGAGGCAGCAAGAGGAUGUUAUACCUCGUCAGAAACGGCCUCCACCACUGCCACGUUUCCCCCUUCCACGAGUAGAGGUAGAAGCAAAUGUAAAGACAAGGCAGAGGUCAAGGGGAAGGGCGAGAGUCUUCAGGUUACGCGGACUCGACGCCGCCGCCGAGUCUCAGAGUCGUAUUUUACCCCCUUUGGAAGUCCUGCAUCCCAGUCACUGGAUAGGUCUCCAACCCAAGGAUCUUUCGGGAGACACAACUCUCACGGGCGUGGCAUGAAAGGCGAAAACACCGAGGUGGAAAAGGGAGUGAAGCCACGCGGCAAACGCGUUGGACCUCUUCGCGAGGGUAACCGUGAGCUCGCGACGAAACGAAGGAACGACCGGACCGUGUGUAUUGGCUGCAAGAUGGCCAAAGUUAUGUGUGCUGGUCGAGAAAAUGGAGGAGUCUGUGAGCGGUGCGCCAGCAGCCACAGUAGUGCUCCCAAGCCGUUUGUGUGCGCUCCAGCCAGCUUCUUUGAGCUUGUUCAGCAAGGUAGCACGGCUUUGCUCGCUCUCCACGUCAUCUAUCCUGUCAACCACUCUACCGGCCUUCGUGAGCCAAUGAGCCUUCCUGCGGAGAUUCACAUUCGAGAUAUGCUCCGCUUCAUUGAAGGCCUGCAACGAACCCACGAAAGGAUCCGUGCCUACGCUGGGCGUACCAUGCUCUAUGAGCUCGAUCUGCGUGCUUGCUGGACAUACGUUAACUCAACAUGCUCUCCCCAUUCUCAUCCUUUCCAACAAUUCAUUGACGGCCUCAAGGUGCAAAAGCAAGACGGUUGGAAGGCAUGCAUCAGAGACGGCCACGGUCGGCCCAUGAACGGCAACCUGUGCGACGCGCUCCUCGCGCUGGACGACAUGGCUCCCUGGGUCAGGUACACUUUGGUGUCCAAGGACCCCAGCACUCACUUUGUUGCCCCGAAUGGUGGCAAAGAGACGUUUCUCACGCCAGGCGAGCCAUACCAUCGGCAGGUGAUUAUUGUGGCAGCUCAGUUGUCCCGGAUUAUCGGACGCAAGCUGGAGCUUCAGUUUUACGACCAUCUCAAGAAAGUCCUCGGCAACCCGAACAUCUGCCGCGAGCUAGUCCUCGAUGUCGGCCGCACGCUUCUGUCCCUGCGUCGGCGUCUGGGACAAUGGGAGGAGACGUGUGCAGCCGCGUCCGUCUGCGUCACACCAGAGCCUGGGCUACGCGCGCUUGAAGACGUCACGGGCAGCAGUGCACCUGUCAACCGUGUGAGCCGUAUCAAAAACCUGUGCCAGGUGCUGUAUGUGUACUUUUGCUACAUGAGACGACGGCUGCCCCCCGACGAACAGGAAGGCAUGCGAACCAUGCGGGUGUGGUACCCUGACCGCACGCAAGCAGUCGAGGAGAGCUUUCCGCAGUAUGAGAGCAUCGAAGGGUUCGAGGAUUGGCUGCAGUUCAAGGAGCGGCCAAUGGCUGACGCGAACAUGGGGCUUGAUUAA